AUGAGUAGGACAACAGACGCUGAGGAGCUGGCCAAGCCUGAGAAAGAACGAGAACGCGCCGUGGCGGCAGAAAGAGAGCGACAACAAGAAAGAGAACGCGCUGACAGAGAACGAGAACGCGCCGACACUGCAGAACAGCAAACCCAGCAUACGUCACUCGAUGAAUACAUCGCUGCCUGCCAUUCCCUCGUUUUCGCCAACUUUACAGUCGAGACGGACCGCAGACUGACUUCCAGGGGCUCCAUCACAAAUCCGCGUAACAAGUUGUGUCCCACCAUUCUACGGCCAUGGUCCGACUUCCUGCACCAACAGAGCAUCGUCUUCGGCACCCUUUACGAUACUUUCCCUGCCGAUAGACGCUGUUUCGAGACCCCGUCGUUUCUUUCCGGGCUAGGAAGUAGGAUCGCGAAGCGCAAGAUCACUGACGAGAAGGCCCUCGAGUACUUUCUGCACAAUAGCGUCGAGGACCCCGUUAGAGCAAUUUUGGACGAGCUCAGAAAGGUAGAAGCAGUCAAGACUGUGUUCGAUCUAGGCAAUGGAAUCGUCUUCGAGAACCACCCGCAUGCGCUCAGCGACGUAGCUCCGGAGGUCGUGGAACGCAACCUCCCAUCGACGCCCCCCUCCACACCGCACGAUCAUAAAGUCGACCUCCAACAGCUACGGGCCGAUCAAAUCUGCGUCUAUCGAACCGAAGACGUCGACGGCGACUCAAGCACCCGAUCGAUGCUUUACGUUUCCGAAUAUAAACCACCGCAUAAACUUACUACACCACAUCUCCGCCUCGGUCUGCGCUCGAUAAAUAUACAUCAGGAAAUAAUUAAUCGUAAAACGAUCCCAACAUCGGUCGACCUAAACGCGCGAUUCCAGUAUUACGCAGAGAGACUCACUAUAACCGCAAUCACACAGACCUAUUACUACAUAAUCAAAAGCGGACUCAAGCACGGCCUAUUAACAACGGGUGAGGCAAUCCGCGAGCCCGGGACGUUAUUAUACUAUCUAGCAGAGCCCUCUGCAGAGGUAGAAGCCCACCCCAAGCACGCCCACCUCUAUACGGCAGUUACUCAAUACUUAGCCUUCACCCUUAGCAUGCCAAGCGAGAGACGGCUGCAUAGCCAGGAGGAGCGGCAUCGAGCCAUCAACAAGUUAAAGAUGUGGGGGGAGGACUUCGAGACGACGCUGCGAUCAAUCCCUGACGAAGAAAGGCAUCCACCAGACAGCUCGCCAGGCUACGAACCAAAGGCGUACAAGAACGUCGACAGAUCUCCCUAUUUGCUCCGAGGGAAGAGGCGAGGACUUAUGAGGGACGGGCGUACGACGGAGCAAAUGAGAAGGGACCCGAACGAAUCUUCCGAUGAGGAGCCGAGGCGCGACGUGCCAGACACACCCACUCCUACGGAACGGCGAGCACGCGGAAAGGACUCUCAAAGCCAGGCGGGUCAAGGCAGUCAGGCGAAGCGACGCAGUAAGCGAGUCCUGGCGCGUCGGCCGCGAGGCGAUGAAGACGGAGGAGAGAGCCACUUCAAACACACGCCAUACUGCACCCAAAAGUGCUUGUUAGGCCUUGUCGGAGGCGGUGUGACCGACUCCGCGUGCCCGAACAAGUUGCUCCACUGCAGGAAGCCUGCCAAUGACCGCGGCCACUGCCUUGGUCGACAACGUGCAAAUGCUCAGCAUCCAAUCGACCGGACUGAAUUUCUAAGGCUUCUCCAAGAACAGCUCGAGCGGUCCUUGGAUUAUGGUAUCGUGUCCUUACGACAGAGCGGUGCUCGUGGAGUCUUGUUCAAAGUGAGCUUGCUUGCGUAUGGCUACACCUUUGUCAGCAAGGGUACACGCGAGGCAGCGUUUUACAAGCGUCUACGAGGCGUAUACGUACCGGUAUUCCUCGGAUCUAUCGACCUUCGAACGAUCAACAGAACUUAUUUCUAUGACCACCGAGUUUAUAUAGUGCACAUGUCAUUUCUGUCGUGGGGAGGACAGGAUCUCUACGAGAUGAAGCGCACGGACUGUGGAGUUGAAGACCUAGAAGCCAUGAAAACGCGGUCAUUGAACGAAAUCCGUGCUCUGGGGCAUCAUGCUGAUCGACUUCGAAAGGGCGCAGUCUGUGAAGCCAGGUCGCCCCCCACUCGCGCAACUUGUGCCGAACAAGCGCAGACGGACGAGGAAGGCUCUAAAGGGCAGCGACUCAGUAGUGAAGUCAACGAAUAG